AACUACAGAGACUCGUGUAGAUUUCCUCAUUAAGAGGAGAGAGUUUGAGCAGUGAAAACAGGGUGGGAUGGUUGUUGAAGCGCAUUUUAACAUGAACAAAACCUCAAAUAGACUUGUGUUGAUGUUAUCCGAAGAAGCUAAACGGUCGGUCGGAGUUAUAUUAAUAAAUAUCCUGACGCAUCUAAGCUUUAUAAUGGCAGUGAGGGGGACCAACGAGUGUGAAGCUCAAGAGAAUGCAUCCAUCCAUCAUAAACAUAUUCCACACGGCUCCGGGGGUUAAUAAAGGCCUUCUGAAGCAAAGCGAUGCAUUUGUGUGUGAAGAUGAGUAAGAAAAGCAUGACAAUAGCGUUAAUCCUCACAGGUGUUGUGUGCCUCCUCAUUUUCAUCUACAAAUAUGACACUGAAGACAACAUGACACUGAAUAGCAAAGACACAUAUGAGAUGCACCGUCAUCAAACCGAUUUGCUCAGAUCCAAAACUCCCCAGACUUUGUUUUCACAAUGUCAACAGAAUACGUCUGCUUAUAAUGUGACUGGAUUUUCUACUCUGCCAGGUCAUAUCCAAGAUUUCCUGCUUUACCGACACUGUAGGAAAUUUCCUAUGCUGCUUGAUCAGCCUGAUAAGUGUGGCGGACCCCUGAACUCUGCAGAUGUCUUUCUUCUGCUGGUCAUCAAGAGUUCUCCAGAAAACUACGAUCGACGAGAAGUCCUGCGGAAAACAUGGGCUGAGGAAAGACUGUAUAAAGGUGUGUGGAUCCGUAGGGUCUUCAUAAUUGGAACAACAAAAACUGGCUAUGAGAUGCAUAGGUUGAAUAAGAUGUUGAGGCUGGAGAACAAUGAGAACAAGGACAUUUUGCAGUGGGACUUCAAUGAUUCGUUCUUUAACCUCACAUUGAAGCAGAUCCUUUUCUUAGAGUGGAUGGAAAGAUGGUGCCCAAAUGCUAGAUUUCUCUUAAACGGGGACGAUGACAUCUUUGCCAAUACUUUUAACAUGGUUGAGUAUCUUCAAGGUCAAGAGGACAAUAAUGGAAGCAAACAUCUCUUUACCGGGUACCUCUUCGAGAACACAGGGCCUGUUAGACACUCCUCAAGUAAAUACUAUAUCCCGGUGCAGGUUCAGGAGUCUGAGAGCUAUCCUCCGUACUGUGGUGGAGGAGGCUUUCUUCUCUCCGGCUUCACGGCCAAAACAAUCUACAAAAUGUCUCACUCUAUAAUUCUAUUGCCCAUUGAUGAUGUUUACAUGGGAAUGUGUUUGGAAAAGGCUGGCCUCAAACCUACAUCCCACUUUGGUGUAAGAACUAUUGGUAUGGAUGUCCCAGGUGAGGACGUCGACGAAUUUCACCCUUGCUAUUACAGAGAAAUCAUUUUAGUCCACAGAUUUCUGCCGCACAUGAUUUUUGUGAUGUGGAACGAAAUACAAAACCCACAUUUGCAAUGUGGAAAGACAAAGUCUGCAUUUUAGAGAAGCCUAUAAACAAAAGAACAGGGUGUGUGAUUAAUUUUAAAGGGAAAUAUAAUAGCUGGCUGGAGUUGAUGUGAUCAAGUUCAUUUUUAAUUAAAUGUUUUUAUAUGAAUUAACUUUUUUUCUACACCGGGUUUUACCAAUGUCACUUCUCAGAUAAAAGAUGUGGUGUAUUGCACUUUAACUGAAAUGAAAAGGGUGGCUAAUUCCUUUCUCAGCAGUAGUAGUUGUAGUCUUCAUGGUUUUUAUGUGUGAAUUUAAAUUUAAAUCUAAUUUUAUCAGGAUAGUUAAUUAAGUGUAUGAAGGGCCAUUCACUUGCACACACAGUCUAUGCAUUAAAUGAAUGCUGCAAAUGAAGGUUUUUACACCUCUGAAUGUUUUAAGAAGUACACUCUAAAAAAUGCUGGGUUAAAACAACCCAAGUUGGGUUGAAAAUGGACAAACCCAGCAAUUGGGUUGUUUUAACCCAGCGGUAGGGUUAAAUGUUU